AUGAGUCGCCCCUUCCAGAGCUUCACUCACAACGCUCGAGGGCAGAUCAAACAUGCCUGGGAUAAUUUCUGGGACUUUAUGAUGAGAGACAACAUUCUCGAGGUAGCUAUAGGUUUAAUAAUUGCAUCAGCUUUCACAAAACUUGUCAAUUCAUUUGUCUCGGAUCUGCUCCUGCCAAUAAUAUCUUUGCUGCCUUUUCUGCACCGCAAUCUAGACCAGAAAUUCGCCGUUUUACGGAAAGGACCUCAUUACCAUAGAGGGUAUGGGUACAAUACUCUUAAACAGGCACGCGAUGAUGGCGCACUUGUCAUGGCCUAUGGGGCAUUCUUGAAUAACCUGGUAAGCUUUCUGGCAGUAGGCCUGGCAUUGUACUCCAUAGGGCAGAUAUACACAUGGAUAUCCCACGAUGUGGUUAUCAAGCGGACUGUCAAGUGCAGGUAUUGCAGGAAGUGGAUAAGUUCCAAGGCAUUGCGCUGUGUGAAUUGUACAAGCUGGCAAGAUGGGAGAGAAGAUCAGCUUCGUGCGUAA